AUGCGCGGCCGGAAAGACGGACUCGCGCAACCGAGAAAUGCGUGCGCCCCUCGGGGCACGCUGGGAAAUGUAGUCCCUGCUGCGUGAGGGGGGCGCGGUUAAGAGUCGACGGCUGGGGAAGCCGCGGGCGCUUUCUUGAAGCGCCUCUCCGGACGCGCAGGCAGGGAGCGUUCACACGCGCAGGCCUGACGUCUCCCUGACACGCGUUACAAAAACCAGCCGUCAUAAAGUCUCUGAAGAGAAUUGGGUACAAAGGGGGCGUGGCCCUCAGAGGGAAACAGCAAAUCUUAGAUUUCUAGAAUCUAAGGGAUCCCGAGGGUCAUCUAGUCCAACCCCCUGGAACGCAGGAAUUUUGAGCCGAACGCGGGACUCGAACCUACGACCCUGCAGCUUGUUGCUUUGUGAAAGGAGGCGGGGUCGUCACGCGCUUUUCCUCACCGCCGCGCCAAUUGGCCAGCCGCUCUGUCUUUCAAGCCGGGAGGCGGGCAAGAAACGCCGUCUCUCAGCAACGGAGGGCGACCCCGCCUCUUCCCCUCGGGAAGCCCCUCCCCGCGGCCGUACGCGCCUCUCCUUCCUCUUUCCUCCGCUCUCCCCCGAAGUGACGUCAGCCCGCCGGCGUAGCCGCGUGACGCUAUAUCCCGGGCGAGGCGGGCGGGGCCGGUUUGAACGGCGAGCGACUGAGGUAACGGGCUCUGAGGGCGCGGCGGCGGCGGAGACGGAGACCCGUCCGUCCGUCCGUCCUUCCGUUGGUGGCGGCUGAGGAGAAAGGGAGGGCGGCGGCGGCCGGCUGGGCUGGGCCUGGCCAGGCGGCGAGGCGAGUCUGAGGCGGGCCGGGCCCCGCCCUCCUGGCUCCGGCCGCCAGCGAAAGGCCGCGUCUCGCGCGGGGUGGGGGUGGGGGGGACAGAACCUUCCGCGUGCUAUUUGCAUAUGCAGAUGAGUGCGGUUUUUAUGCAAAUGGGGCAGCGCCUCUUUUCAGUCUCGCCUCUGCGUGGAAGAGGCGCCCGCCUGCCGGUGGGUGGGUGGCUGGGUGGGACCCCCGGAAUGGGACCCGCCCCGGGGACCGGGCCAGGCGGGAGGCUGACUUGGGGGCGGCCUCGCUCCGCCGGCGUGUUUCCCCCCGGAGGGCUUGGGCUCGCCGGCUCCCAUCGCCACGACGAUGAUGAUGAUGAGGGGGCAGGUGUAGGUCCUGCCCCGUCUAGAGGACCUCUGGGUUCCCCGCACUCGAGAGGAUAGGUCGGUUCCGGAAAUGUCGGGGACCCCCCUGGCAAGGAAGGAGGGGCACUUGCCCAGCAAACCCCCCCCGGUAGCCCUCCUUGCAAGGGUCCCACCCCGUCCCUCUCGCCCUCUCCUUCAGCCUUGGCCUAGUUUGCUCCUCCAAGCUUCUCUCUCUGCUCCUGAGAAGAGCACAUAGCUACUGAUUUUUGGCCCCCGUUCAAGGCUUGUUCCCUCCCACUCAUGGGGAACUCGAGUUUCACGGGCAAUUCGCAUGCCUGGGAGGGGGCUGGGGGUGUCGGGCCACUUCCCCUGUGAGAAGGAAAAGGGAACCGUAGUACGGGUGCGCCUGCAGAGACUCCUGGAGGUGUUUCUGGGAAACUCCCCCCUCCAGGAUGCCUCCUGAAGCAGCAAUGCCACAUUUUUUAUCUGGAAAGCAGAGCUCGCCCAAGCCUGUGUGGAACACGAUCCUUAGGUUGGGGGUGCUCUCCUGUUCAUAAAAUAGAUACGCAUCUGUGGUAAGAUAGCAAGACUGAUGCUUCCAUGUACAGUCAUACCUCAUGUUACGUUUGCUUCCUGUUACGUUCUUUCAGGUUACAACCCGCGGCGACCCGGAAGUACCAGAAAGGGUUACUUCCGGGUUUCGCCACUCGCGCAUGCGCAGACGCACAAAGUGAUGUCACAGGCAUGCGCAGAAGCGGCGAAUCGCAACCUGCGCACGCGCAGAUGUGCCACUGCAGGUUGCGCUCUCUCUUUUCAUGUUGCAAACGGGCCUCCGGAACGGAUCCUGUUUGCAACCAGAGGCACCAUUGUAAUACCUGCCAUUGUAGUGAAUGCAGCCUCAUUAUAUGGCCUGCUAAACCAAAGUGACUGGCUAGGCCCUUAGAUUUCAUUGCCAGUACAGUGGUACCUUGGGUUACAUACACUUCAGGUUACAGACUCCGCUAACCCAGAAAUAGUACCUCGGGUUAAGAACUUUGCUUCAGGAUGAGAACAGAAAUCAUUCUCCGGCGGCAGCGGGAGGCCCCAUUAGCUAAAGUGGUGCUUCAGGUUAAGAACAGUUUCAGGUUAAGAACAGACCUCCAGAACGAAUUAAGUACCGGUACUUAACCUGAGGUUCCACUGUAUUAGGAGGAUGUCUGCUUUGCUAUGUGUUUCUGAACCAGACUGUGUUUGUUUUAUUUUGACCACACAAGUUAAAUUUCAUUAGUGUAAAAACACCUUGCCAUUUAAUUUUGGGUGAAAUGUGAACAAACAGUUCAUGCCCUCUCUUGAAACAGCUGCUUCAGACUUCAUAUUGGGCAUAAAAAUGCACCAAUGCGCUGCAUUUUGCCAUCUCCUCCUCUUCCUCCAGUGUUCAGAAUCUACCACUAAACUUUCCUGUGACAUGUAUUUGCCUAAAAUGAAGCACCUCAUCUUCCUUGAAGACCCAGUGCAUCCGUUCAGCCUUUCCUAAUCUCUUUCUGCCUCUUCAUUUACUUAUUUAUUCAUCUCUGAGUUCUUCUUAAAUCUCAUCUCUACUCUUUUAUCUAUUUUGUGGAAAGAGAAUAAGCAUUAUUGGUAAAAGAGAAUGUUUCUGAGCCAGUUGUUAAAUUGAAUGGGUUAUAGUACUCUUCCCUGCAGUGGAUCGUUAUGCCUAUUGCAGUAUAUUUCCUGGUACAAUAAAGUAAGUUUACUUGAUGUGCCUGAGUGUGAGUACAGCAUUUGCAUCCAGCUAUGUAUAAAUAUAGUCUCAUCACAUUACUCAGACAGUAGAUUUCUGAUAAAUAACCAGACUGUCUCCAGUAAACGUUUUACUAAGGAGGUGGCCUAUAUCCAACAGAUGUGACUGUGCUCUUGAUGUCUGGAAAAGGCUUCCUUGGAGCAUGAGAUGUGCAGGUGCUGGUUCACUAGCCUGUGUAUAAACGAAAUCCCUUCUUGGUUAUUUCCCCUUGCAGAAAAUGGCCGUUAAUGUGUAUUCCACUUCGGUGACAAGCGAUAACUUGAGUCGACAUGACAUGCUCGCCUGGAUCAAUGAGUCCUUACAAUUGAACUUGACAAAGAUAGAGCAGCUUUGCUCAGGUAAGAAAAGUGCUGAGAGCGGAGGAACUUGCUGCUUGAGGUUUCCAAAGCAUUACUAUUUUCCUUUGAAAAAUCAGUGGUGGGUGCUAGAAGGCUGUCUUGAUAGGUUUUUGCUUUGCUUGCCUUGUCUUAACUGCUUCUCAUAUUGAGUUCAGAAUAAAUUUCCACAGCCAAGUGAGUACAAAUGUUUUUGUGCCUUUCUGUGUAGGGUGUGGCAUGCUUGUUUGAACCAUCUACUUUUAAUAUGUAUGCAUUUCUACAGGUACAUUCAGCUUCUUAUCCCUUGCUUGUGGCAUGGAAGGGUUUUUGUGGUAGAUGCUAUAUAGCCUUCCAGGUGUUGCUGAACUACAACUCUCUUCAAGCCUAGCAAGCGUGGUCAGUGGCUGGGAAUGAUGGGAGAUGUACUUUCAGUAGUAUCUGGAAGCCCAAAGGUUCCUCAUACCUGUCAGUCUUGCCUUGACUUUCAGCAUUGUCUGCACCUUAGUUUCCAAAUGUGUAAAGUCUUUACUGCAAAAGUGAUGCAUCAUUUCCUGAACAGAAGCAGGAGCUCAAGAUCUACGGGGCUUUAAGGCACACACCAAGCAGAGUAGAGACCUUGAUAUCCUGCUUAGCCUGAUUUCUGUGCUUAGCCUGAUUUGGUGCUGAGUCUACUCUUUAAGUGUGUGCCUUAAAGACAUGAUGUGUGUGCCUUGAACCUGCAUAACUAAAGAGCAAAGCCAUGGCCUUGCAGAUUGUGCAGGCAUAAAGCACCUUUUACUGCAAGGUAAAGCCCUUUACUCUGCAAUGCCAGCUGAGAGGAGGCAAGGGCUUGAUAUUGCGGGCAGGCAGGAAAUGGCCAUUUACUUUGCAGUAAAGUGCCGCUUCCUGCCUGCUGGGUCAGCAGGGCAGUGCAUUCUCUAUAUAUUACAGGGUGAAAAAUUUCUAAUCCUUUAUCAUGUUCUGGAGUUCAUACCAGUAAGAGACAAAAUAUUUAUAUAUCAUCCAUCUCUAGCAGAGAUGUAGCCAGUGGAACAAUCUGAAUCCAUCUGGGCUCCACACCUGAAUUCCAACGUGGGCCACCUCUGUUUAAGGGAAUUUCUAAGCUUUGCAGAAGAUAAAACUAGGUUCUGUUUUUGAAAAUCCUAUAUUAAUCCCUAUGGAAGGUUGCCCGGUGUUAGCAAUGCUUGCACAAGACCUCUGUACUGUGGAUAAACCUCAAAGGAGAUGAAUCCAUAGCGAUGGUAGCAGAGCUUCUGUGUUGCAAAGCUGUAAUGCUGCUUGUUUGUUUUGUUUUUGUUUUUAAUGUUAAACCGAGUUUGUGGACUUGUAAUGUACAGUACAAAUAGGAAAAGCAAAGGGAGAAUGAGGCAUAUCUUAGUGCAGACACAGUAACUGUUGAAGAUCUAGGAGAGCUUUCAAGUCACAUCUGAAUUAGGAACUACACAGUGCAGGCAGUGAUGGUCAUUGUGAAAAAUUGAUUGAUGGAAAAGGAGGGUGUAAAGAAUGAGAUAAGUGAAUACAUGGCCGGGCAAAUGUACUGAGAGGUUUAAUACAUAACAUUUAUUACCUGCAAUGGGGAGCAGUGCUGCCCUCAUCCAUGGCUACAUGUGUGCUGUUGAGGGGGUACUGAGCUCAGAGUGAAGAAGAAUUGGCACUAAGAUAAAAAUUCUGCUUUGACAAAGUGGAAAAAUAAAGUGUUGUGUUAAUUUUGGAGUAGUCAACUUGAUGGCUGCCACAGAACAGAAGUGAUUGAGGAAGCAAUAGGAUCAAGAUGUAAGGAAAUGGGAACUGAGGAAUUCUCAUUCUUGAAGGUUAACAGUCAUUGAGUAAUCACAAUAAAAUCUUCUAGAUUCAUCAGGGUGAUCGGAAACACCUUUGUUAUGCUUGAGGAGAACUAGACUUUGAGAGAUGUUGUCCUUAAUGGUUAUUUGCAGUCUGCUUUAACUACCAUUCUCCUGUACUGUCUGAAGCAAACUGGUCAGUCACAGUAAUUUCCUCAUUGUACCACCUGUGGAGCUUUGUUAACACAACAAAAAAAAUGCAGCAAGUGAAGUGAUUUUUCAGAAGCCAUGAGUAAGUGUAACAUAACAGUCAUGCAUAACAAUUACCUCAUGUUGUGAGUCCAUUGAAUUUGUUUUCAACUCCUGAAGUAUUUUGCUUUUGGGGAAGGCUGACAUCCUUAUGAGAAUGUGGAAGGGCAGCUAUGCUUUGUCUAUCAUUUUAUCUGUGCACAACUUGGAGAAUUCUUUUUCAUUCAAGCCGCUUAUAAAUAAAUUUCCUUGUGUAGGUAAUAUUCCAUGUGGAAUGUGCCCACUGUGUUUAGGUACAGGGAAUGUUACAGUCCGGGAUGUUAAAGUUCCAUGCUACCUUCCUGCAGAAGAUGUCUGCUUUUUCUAUUGUGGUAUCUGUUCUCUUAGAAUCUGUGACUGACUUUGAUCAUGGGCUUGAUUUAAGUGUUAAGGUGUUGGGAGAAGUGGAAAUGUUGGCGCCUGCAUAUUCCACAGUAACAGGUUCUCAGCAAUGAGGUAGCUGUUCAGUAGCAAUAUUGCAGGCUUAUAGCACCGCCUUUACUUAGCAUGUGUUGAAUAAGGGCUGUUGCUUGGACAUGUCCCAGUUUGUGGGGAGCAGCUGAAUGCCAAUGAUAAUAGGGCAGGGGCCAGAAAACUUUUCCAGCAGGGGCCGGUCCACUGACCUUCAGACCUUGUGGGGGGCUGGACUAUAUUUUGGGGGGAAAAUGAACAAAUUCCUAUGCCCCACAAAUAACCCAGAGAUGCAUUUUAAAUAAAAGCACACAUUCUACUCCUGUAAAAACACGCUGAUUCCCAGACCGUCCGCAGGCCAGAUUUAGAAGGUGAUUGGGCUGGAUCUGGCCCCUGGGCCUUAGUUUGCCUACCCAUGUAAUAGGGUAUAUCUAUCCCUGAACGAAGGGUGGUUGUCUUAUUGUGGCAGUAGCAUGGGUUGAGGAAAGGCACCUCUUGCUAAAGCAAGCAAAGAGACAAAUUUAUUGUCACAGCUUGGAAGUGUUUGUCCAUAAUGCCGUGCAGUGUGUUGACUAGUGACUUACCAGUGGUCUGGUUUUGCUAACCAGGAACUGUAAAGGCGGUAGAACUCAUGAUCUCCCCUGUCUUAUUUGUUGAAUAGGGUGGGAGAUGGAAGAAUGGAUUUUCUUGCAAAACUUAAAACUUUGUUAGUGACUGCUCUAAGGGUUUGCAAUCCCAGAGACAGCUGUAGUGGAUGUCUGGUCAUACUGCACUCCCACAGGCUUGUUGAAAUGUGGUUGCAGGAGGGCGAUUGCUACUGUUGUGAAUAUGCUAGCAUUUCUAUUACUUCUUGUCUUCGUCACAUUCCACUUGCUCGAGUUCAAUUUUUCACAAGUGUGCCUGUUUUUAUUUAUCCUUUCAGGUGCUGCUUAUUGUCAGUUUAUGGAUAUGCUGUUCCCUGGUUCUGUAACACUGAAGAAAGUAAAAUUCCAGGCAAAGUUGGAACACGAAUACAUCCAAAACUACAAGGUCCUACAAGCAGGUUUUAAACGAAUGGGUGUUGACAAAGUAAGCUCUUUUGUCUUGGAAUGCACUUGCUUUGAAUCACCUUUAUGGAAAAAUGCAGUUUUCAGGAUGAUGGCUUAAAAUAUUCCUUUUCUUUUACAGUCUUGGUGUUGCUUUUGUCCUAAAUUGCUGAUCUUUUCUACUUAUUCUUGGCAGCUGCCACUCAUCAGGCAGUGUUUACUUGCUCAGUUUCUCAUUAAAAGUUGAUAAAUCAGGGGUUCUGUCACCUAACAGUAUUGGUCAGCCUAAACUAGGUGCAUUUCUUCAGAUAAUGCUGAAUGCCAUCUGCAUUUAACUAACCAUAUCUUGGUCUCAGUUGCAGUUCCUGUCUUUUAAAGCUGUUUCCCUGAUUUGUACAGAAAAGAUCUAUAAAUACAAUAGUUGCUGUUGAAUUAAAACUAUAAGAGCACUGAAAUAAUGAAAAAUUCCAAGAAGCAGCAGAAGUACACUUCCCUGGACUACUGUGCAUGGACUAAUAAUUCAUAGUCUUCUAUAGAAGGGCAGAACAUCCAAACUCUCCCUUUUUGCAACUUGUCAGACAAGUGCAAAAACACUUGUCAGCCUACAACAGCAAAACUGCCUCCGCUUGUCUUGAAGGUGACCUUGUCAUAGUGUAGAUUUAAGCGAAAGAUCCCCGUGUGACUUGCCUGGAAGCGGUUGCUUUCCCUCAGUGGGAACCAGCCUUUGAGGCUACUUGCAUGAAGCAAACAUGCAUGCAAGAGAGGGGGAAGGUGGUGGAGGGAAAGGAGGCUCUUUGGCGUCUGCCUACUUUUUGGUUGUAAAAUAUGCUUCCCUCCACCAACCCAGCACACACACGGCUUCCAAAACUGUGUAAGAACAGAUGCAUUUUGAUGCCCCACAGGAGGAAAUCGGUGGGAGAAAAGAGCACUUUGUAGCAGAGAAAUGUCGGGGGGGGGGGGGGGAAGCACCUUCCUCUAAGCUGCUUUUCCUUAGGGGAAAAAAAAUUAGCUGUUGAGCUUUCGUUAGGGCAUGUGUGAUAUGCCAAGUAGGCCCCUUUUGUACCGAUGAAAAUAGCAAUGGAAGACUGCUGGCUUCCCCAUGAGGGCUGUGGAUAGUUUGCACCAUCUCAGCCCACCCUGACUCAGCCCACUACCAAAGGCUAAAUGGUUCCAUUUUCUAAAGGUUUCUGGCACUUUUCCUUUUGUAUCAGUUAUGCAGAACAUGAAAGGCUGUGUGCCAACCAACUCUGAAAUGAUUUGUGGCCUCAGGAGAAAAUUCCAAAUCCCCGUUCCUACCUCACUCUGUAAAAAUCUGUGUUAACAUUGUACUGUGUUUUUCCAGACAUACACAUAAACUAUACCAGUAUACAUGCGGAAAAGUAGCUAUGGGGGACCUCUGGCCCACAGGCCUAAUUAGACCCACCAGGCCAUUUGGGGCCAGCCUUGCCCACCUGUCGUAUGGUGAUUGAAUUUGGUGCUUUACCCUGAUGUGCUGCUUUCAGCCGCAGUUGGAUUCACUUGGGGCUUAACAGGGAAGAGGUGCAGAGACUUCUGUGGUGGGGAAAGAAUAAGAGGUGGAGGAGAGUGCAGAGAGACUGUGGCCGAUGGUGGUGGAGAGCAAGGCAGAUUGAGUUUAAUCAUAAUUUAAAAUUGCGUUACAAUGGAACCUCGGGUUGCGAACGUGAUCCGUGCGGGAGGCACGUUUGCAAACCGCAGUGCCAUGUCUGUGCACACACGGGUUGCUAUUUGGCACAAAGCGUGAUUGCCGAAACCCAGAAGUAACCUGUUCUGGUACUUCCGGGUUCGGCGCAGUGCACAACCCGAAAACGCAUAACCUGAAGCAUCUGUAACCCGAGGUACCACUGUAUUUUAAAUUAUCACUUUAAAAUUACCAAUUGCACCUGACUUUAAAGCAGAAAAAUGGCAGAAUAGCAUAUUCAAACAUGUACAGUGUGUAUUGAAGACUGCAGGUAAGAGGCUGACAGGGCCAGAAGAACAUCAGACACAAUUGUUGCAUCACAAUUUUUAAACUCUGAAUGGGAGAGAAUAUUAUAAAAACCGGCUUUCCUUGUUGUAACAUUAUUUUGAUAUCAUUCCCGUGCUUGCUUCCUUAUUGGCGUUCUGCAUGCACUCCAGAGUUUGUUGGAAUAUGACCUCUGUGCAGAAAACUUUGGGCCUACCUAUUCACGCCUGGCUCAAGUUUCUGGAGGAAUCUCUUGAAUGGGAGCCGGCAAGUUCUGUCCACUCAUCUCAGAAACAUCUUGAGUGUUUUGUUUUUCUCAUUGGACUAAAUAUACUCCUCUCUUCCCUCAGAUAAUUCCUGUGGACAAAUUAGUGAAAGGAAAAUUCCAGGAUAAUUUUGAAUUUGUUCAGUGGUUCAAAAAAUUCUUUGAUGCAAACUACGAUGGGAAAGACUAUGACCCCGUGGCAGCUCGGCAAGGCCAGGAGACGGCACCAGCCCCUGCUCUUGUCGUACCCCUGCUCAACAAACCCAAAAAGAAUCUUAGCUCUACUGGCACAGGUAAGGCAAGCUCUUGACAAAUCUGUCUGACCAGGCCAGCUUCGUGGUUCAGGGCUCUCAUAAUUGGAUGCCUUCGCGUUGUGUAUGGGUGAGGCGCUUGCGGGAUCCAGAUUCUUUGGCUGCUUUUGCCCAGAGGCUGCUAGCAAGGAACCUGAGGAUUGGGUGGCAGCCUGGAGAGGAAGUCUCUGUUGGAGGCAGAGACUCGCUGUUGUGUGCUCUGUCUCCUCAUUCCUCUUGUGCCAGUAUGAAUACAUAGCAUGAGCAUCCACGUGCCAUCCAGGUUCAUAUCUGGAGUUAUGCUUAGCACUGAGAGGUGGUGCAAGGUUGUGCUUGUGUGAAGAUGUGUUCACACUCUGGCACUUGCACAGCCCUUUUAAUGUAUGCCUGCGAGUCAUUGUUGAAAUCCAGGCUGUUGUUGAAACUUGUCGCUUCCUAUAUUUCACAAGGGUGUGCCAGUCUCCAGUCAGGAAACAAACACCCUUUGCUUGAGACUGCCCUUUAAUCCUGCUCCUCCCCAGCAGGAAGGGGAUUGCCUUGUGUCUUACCUGUGACCAGGUGCUCCUAAUCUGGUGGUAUACUGUGUAAUUCAGUUCAGCAUAUAACAGCUAGAAAUGCUUUCCUUUUGUAGAUCACAGUUUUGUGGGAACUCAAGAACAGAAAGCAGCAAGAGUAGAGCGCCCUGCUUCCUUACAGAAAGCGGUUGUAAAGCCUGUGUUCGGUACUUAGCACUUCACAGGGAGGUGGCAUUCUUUGAGGCUAUAGGGUUAAGGUGCUUUCCUGCACACCGGAUGGUACACUUUGGGUGCUGUCUCACUUUAGUUGGCUAAUAUGUGGAGCACAGGUGUGUGGAAUGGGCAUUUUGGAACUGCAGCUAAUACCCUUCUGUGUUGCAGCCCCAGCGAGGCCCAUGGUUGCACAGAGAACAACAGUGGCUAAUAAAACUGGACCUGCGAUGGUUAAAAAGGCUCCUGGAGGAAUUGGGGAAGAAGAGUCGGCUGAACUGAUCCAGCAGGUGGGCUUCCAGCAAGUAGGCUGCACCGAUCAGCAGAGGCUCACAGCAUGGGUGGUCUUGACUCUCAAAUGCACUGCAGUGUAUUAUCACAAAGUAACAUGAUUGUGGGAGAGAUACUUUGGAGUUUUCUGUGCUGAUCACGUCUUUGUAAUGGAGAUGUGAACAGUAUUGUUAGACAUCGGGCCAGAUUCAGCUAAGUGGUUGUGCUCUUAGAAGCCAGCACAAGUACUGCUAGUGCAACAGUACUCCCCUUUGCCUCCACCCCCAUGCGCUCCCCAAAUCUUCUUGGGAGGAUCAGGAACCCCCCCUCCCAGAAUAGCACAUGGGGGGAGAAGAAAGAUUGUUCUACCUGACAAGCAAAAAUGCCUUAGCAUGACAUUGAAUUCCACCCAUAUUCUACAUUCAUGAGCUAUAGACUCCAAAUGUGUAGCGGAAGAGAGUUGUUGGCAGUGGUUAUGUUGCUCAAAUUGGUCUUGGUAAGUAGAACCACAUGAUAUGGUGACUGCCCUGGCUGCCUUACAGAUGUUGCUUUGGGACUGGACCUUGGUGAAGUUGUUUCCACGCCAUUCUUACCACAAGAGCUGUGCUGAAAACUGCUGCUUAAACUGCCCACCCAUUACAUUGCACACCAUUGGUUCAUCUAACUUAAGAGGAGUACAGUGUUGCUUAAAACCUCAAAACAUACAAAGUUGUCUCUGAGUUACCCACCCACAAAAACCGCUUGCAUUUCAUUGGUAGAGCAACAUUGCAAUGCAAUCCUAUGCACAUCUACUUGGUAACAAGCCCUAUUGAGUUUAAUGAGACUUAGGAUUGCAGCCUUAAAUGUGCAAGCCCUCCCCUUUGUUCCUUCUUGGGCACAAGCAUUUUCUCUGUAAGAAGCACUGUGAAUUGUUCUCUGGCAGAUCAAUGUAUUAAAGAUGACUGUGGAAGAUUUGGAGAAGGAAAGAGACUUCUACUUUGGAAAACUGAGGAACAUUGAGCUGAUCUGUCAGGAGAAUGAAGGAGAGAGUGACCCUGUUCUUCAAAGGAUUGUGGAGAUUCUUUAUGCCACGGAUGUAAGUAUCUGGUGAAUGCUUCCCCCAAUUUCUGGCUUAGACAUUCCAGAUCAUGCCUAUGCUUGCUCUUGCAGCAGCGUUUGGGACACAGUUUAGUUAGGAAGAUCCCUCCUGUGCAAACCCCACUGAGAAGUUCAGCUCCUCAACCACUCAGAAGUAUUCUUGUACAGUUUUCACUGGUUUCAGUGGGGGUUAUUUAACUAUUAUUUUAAAAUAAUAAUAUACCACUUUCCAUUUGAAAACCACAAAGUGGUAUACAGCACAGUACAAAAAUUACAAGACCAACACCUAAACAAUAACCAUGUAGAUACUAAAACCCAAACAAACAGACUGGUGUUAAUUGUUAGCAGAGACUUGGGAAUAAAUGAGUUUUCAGCAGGUGCUAAAAUACUAUUCAUAUGAGCGCCCAGCAUAAUUCAGAAAGGUGGUUCCGUGGAGCGGGCGCCACAACAGAAAAGGUGUCCUUCUCACCCACUUUACAAAAAAGGCAAAGUGGCAAAUGCAAAAUGCGCAGAUUUUGCAGGGAAGCUUAGGUAAGUCUCUUGUUGUGUAGAAUCAAAAGCCGGCCACUCAUUAAGGAUUCACUGUGUUGUCAGUUUGCAGUACAAUGGUAUACACGUCUGCCCAGGCUAGGCUCUGUUUUAGGGUUGGCACUGGGGAAAAAUAGGACUCUUGUGCCAUUAGCAACUGCGUGGCAGGCAGAAAUUCAGUAGGUUACACCUCUUUGAGUAUGCAGUUUUGAGGAAAGACCUACCAGCACAGUACUCUCUCUAAUUUUAUGUUGCACCUUGGCAGCCAUUUUGUGACUGGUGCCCACAGUGCACUUAAAAAAUCUCAGUGUGCCCACUGGUUUAGAAAGGUUGGCAACCCCUGUUCUAAGGGAAGGUGGCAUCCUGCCUUUGCCCCCUGUUCCUUGCUGAUUAAUGCAGUGGUCUCUGCAUCUCUGUUUUCCCUUUCAGGAAGGUUUUGUCAUACCAGAUGAAGGAGCGCCACCAGAGGAGCAAGAGGAGUAUUAG